UUUUAAACGUCAACAUCCUGUAUUGUGUCGCCACCUGAGAUUCCGGUGUCAUAAGCCUAUGUUGACACCCCUUCCUUGCAACCUUGAAGUGUAUAGUUGAUUAUCUGACCAUCUCCCCGAUUAGACACCCAACGAUUGCCUAGAAUUUGAAGAAACUGAAGACAAAGUAGUAAACAGAAGACAAGCAAUGGAAGGCACACUGAACAAGUAUACCAAUGUUAUGAAAGGCUGGCAGCACAGAUGGUUCCUCUUAGAUCCUCAAUCAGGCAUGCUGGAAUAUUUUGAGAAAGAAGAAUAUAAGAAACAGAGACCAAGAGGCUUUCUUCAUUUGGCGGCAGCAGUUAUCUGCCCUUCAGAUGAAGAUUCACAAACAUUUUCUGUCAGUGCAUCUAAUGGAGAGACUUACAGACUAAGAGCAUCUGAUGCUAAAGAAAGACAAUUGUGGGUGGAUAAACUGAGAUCCACAGCAGAAUACUUUACAGCUCAUAUGUCAAAAAGUGCUUCCUUCACUAAAGACAGAUCAUCUUCAGGUAUUUCAGUCAAUGAAUUGUUCAACAAGAAAAGAUCAGAUUCAAAUGAACAGAUUCACAAUCAGCGUGCAGUUGUUUCUAGACCUCCACACAGAGCACCAGCCUCCAGACCUCACACAUUAGAUCCUUUCAGGGAAGUCAAGGAAUACUUAAUAGAAGCUGAGGAUUAUUCACACCAUCUUCAGGCAAAAUGUGCAUCACUUCCAGUAUCAGAAGAGCCUAUUGGUGGUUUGGAUAAGGAUUUACUGUUACUGAAAGCCACAUCAAGUGCCACCCUGACUUGUCUCAGUCAGUGUUUGAAAAUGUUAGAGCAUAAACAGGGGGUUGGUUCUCAUACACACAGUUUACAGUUAGGAAUAGAACCAGCAUUAGAAAGAGAAAUUCCAAAGGAACGUAGCCAUUCUUUCCUGUCAAAUGUCUCCGAGAAUAGUACACAUGAAUUAUCCCGAGCUGGUAGUUUCUCUUCGGCAAAUGUGAAAUUCCCUCUUACUGAUGACCACCCAGAGGGCCCAAUUAAUCAUGAGGAGGAAGUAGAAGAUGAUGAUAGUUACCAUGACACCGACCUUGAGGGAGUCGAGGAACACAAAAGUAUCAUUCUACAUCUCCUAUCUCAACUCAAACUAGGGAUGGAUCUAACUAAGGUGGUUCUUCCCACAUUUAUUUUGGAGAGAAGAUCUUUGUUAGAAAUGUUUGCCGACUGUAUGGCACAUCCUGAUGUGUUCCUCAAAAUACCAGAUUUACCUGAUCCUGAGUCUCGUAUGAUGGCUGUUUUAGAGUGGUAUCUUACCUCAUUCCAUGCUGGCAGACAGGGAUCUGUUGCCAAAAAGCCAUACAAUCCUAUCAUAGGAGAGACAUUCCAUUGUUCUUGGAAGUUGCCUAAGAAAUCAAAGAUGUCUGACGAUGAGGGAUCGUCUGUUGAUACCAAUCAAUCGUCUGUCAACAUAGGGGAAGAAAAUAUACAACUUAUCUAUUGUGCAGAACAAGUCUCUCAUCAUCCUCCAGUGUCAGCAUUUUAUUUUGAAUGUCCAGGAAAACAGAUGUGUAUGGAUGCCUCCAUAUACACUAAGUCAAAAUUUUAUGGAAUGUCUAUUGGAGUCAACUUAAUUGGAAAAAUUAAAUUAAAACUCCUAGCUCUGGAUGAGGAGUAUGUGUUUUCUAUGCCAAGUGCCUAUGCUAGAUCAAUAUUGACAGUUCCAUGGGCUGAGAUGGGAGAUAAAAUAAACAUGACGUGCCAAAAGACUAAUUUAUCAUCAACAGUUACAUUCCAUACAAAGCCAUUUUAUGGUGGAAAACUUCACCGUGUCAGUGCAGAAGUGAAGAACAAUUCAACAGGGAAUGUUUUCUGUAAAGUUCAGGGAGAAUGGAACAAUGUUAUAGAAUUCUCUUACUCAGACGGGAGAAGUAAAACAAUUGAUGUAACCUCAUUAGAAACAUGUAAAAAGAAAGUAAGACCAAUCGAUAAGCAGGGAGAUUUUGAAUCACGUCGUCUAUGGCAACAUGUGACCAAUGCUUUGAGAGCCCAUGAUGUAAAUACAGCUACAGAACACAAGAGAUUAUUGGAAGAGAGACAAAGGGAAGGAGAAAGACAUAGGAAAGAAACAAGUACUCAGUAUCCUACUAAGUAUUUCAAGAAAGAUGGUGAUGGUUGGACCUACAAUAAUAUUUUACAGAAAGGAGAUUAUAGAGGAAGCCUCUAGCGCUCAGAAGAAUUAGUGAUAACAUAAUUAUACAACGUUUAUCAUAUAGACUGUGAUAUUGAAAAAAAUGUGCUAUAUCCGUAUUAAUUUUUAUUGGUUAUUGUUUAAAGAACAAGCAUUAUUUGAAUUUUUACAAGUUUAAGAUAAGUUUACAUAUAUUUGUUUUUAUGUUGAAAGACAAUUGAAGGACAUGUAACUGUAAGUCUCAUUUAAAUAUAUUUUUAGUGGGAGGAGUGUGGAGCAUACUUGUAAAAGGACCUAAUAUUGUUGCUUUUGUAUUAAAUAAGAUGUCAUUCUGUAAAACCAGAAAUCAAAAGUCAGGGUUUCACACAGUUAUAAAUGUUUCAAUAAAAAUUGCUGUUCAUGGGAGGCUUUUAAAAAUGAAAUCUAGUAUAUGUUUAUCACCUUCUGUUUUCUUGAUAUUAAAGUAAACUUAUUUUCAAUUCCUGUUUAUCUGCCUCACAUUAUCUCAAAAUCAUUGACAAUUGAAAAAUUUGAAUACAAAUUAUAUACCAUAGUAUGUUUGAUCAUAUUAUGUAAAAAUCCUUUAAUAUGUUCACCAAUACUCUGAUUUCUCUGCAAUAUGAUGAUUAAUUGCUUAUUGCCUAUUGACAAAACUUCAGCAGGCUUUAUAACCAUAAAUUGUCUAAACUCUUUUGCAUAAAUACAGUGGACUCUACUUAAUUGCAUAACAGUGUUUAUAUUUUCAUGAGAAUUUGAAGUACAAAUCAUUUGCAUUCCUAUUGUAAGUUGCAUGACCUUAAGAACUGAAGAUUUCAGUAUAGUUAUUGAAAUAUGAUUACAAGUUUACUGUUCUUAAAAAAGGAUUUUUGCAAGUUAACUAAUAUGUAAA